AUGCAUCAGCUUUUGUUCUUCUUACUGAUUCUGAGAUGUUGGGGUGAUCUAAAAGUAUUAGUCAAUGAAAAGGGAGAGUAUCAAAUUAGUAUAGACAAUAAUCCAUGGCUUCGUUCAUCACAUACAGCAUUAUAUGUCGAUAACACAUGGUAUUCUUCGGAAGAUAAUUCAUUACCAUUGAUAAAUAUAAGUUCGACACAAGGUGCGGAUCCUAUUCUUGGCGGUUGGAAUGAGACACAAUUAAACUAUGAUCUGGCUCGUAAUGGAACGCAUACGAAAAUUGUCGGUCGCAUACGCCAAUGGCAUUCGUUUUCAGCAAUUACAUUUCAUUUGGAGACUGGUGAUCGAGAGAUGAUAAAUACAGUUCCUCUGGAUAUGAAUCAUGUUCGAACGAUUUUUCCAUCAUUUGAUAUCGAACAAAUUGAUAGUUACGAUCAACGAAGUUUCUUUACCUAUGAAGGUGAAAUGGCUGGUGAUGAUCAGAAACAUGCAGGUCACUGGAAUAGAUCAGCUGAAGUCAUCAAUGCUGGGAUGAUAGCUGGUCCAGUCGUUCUUUCAAAUCUUACUCAACGAGGGGAGAAGGAUGUCCUCAUUCUUUCUCCAUUCUCUCGAUUUAUGGCUACUUCGUUCAGUCAAACAAAUAGUACUUUAGAGUACGGUGUGAUAGGUUCGAUGACGUCUAUUCCAGCAAACUACAAUCAUUCGAUGAUUGUUUUCUAUUCUUCGAAAGGUAUCAGAGAAACAAUCAGAGAAUGGGGUCAAACGAUGCAGAAAGCAUACAAUCGAACGAAUGAACAUCGUCUCAACGAUUUGACUAUCAAUUAUCUCGGCUAUUAUACAGAUAAUGGUGGCUAUUAUUAUUAUCAUUCAGAAAUAGGAGUAGAUUAUGAAAGAACGAUGGUUAAUGUUCGUCAUCAAAUUCCACUUCCCUUUCAUUAUAUGCAACUCGAUUCCUGGUGGUACUACAAAGGUAUUGGACAUGGCGUCUCUGAAUACACGGCAAUGCGACAUAUAUUUCCUGAUGGUCUUCAAGCUCUUCAUCGUCGAUUAGAAAAUAUUCCAUUGGCAGCACAUAAUCGAUAUUGGGCUUAUGACAAUGUUUAUAAACAAAAAUAUUCCUUUGCUCUAGACGAAAAAAAUAAAAAGGCAUUACCCAUUGGAAAUGAUUCCUUUUGGUUCGAUUUUUUCAAUCAAACACGUGAUUGGGGUCUGAUUCUCUAUGAACAAGAUUGGCUUGAUCAUCAAACCUAUGACUUUACACCACUGUGUACUGAUAUUCAUCUUGGACAACAAUGGUUAACAUCUAUGGGUGCUGGAGCUGAGCAAGUGGGCAUGAAUUUACAAUAUUGUAUGAGUUUACCUCGACACAUUCUCACUGCUUUAGAAGUUCCACGUGUCACUCAGGCUCGAGCAUCAACAGAUUAUGCUCUUCACCUGAAGAAACAAACUGUACCUCAAUGGGCGAUUGGAAUUUCCAGUAUGUUUCUUGAUGCAUUGGGUAUAGCUCCAUUCAAAGAUGUCUUUUGGUCUACUUCAUUACAGCCCGGUGCACCCUAUGGGUUUUCACCACGUGAAGUCCUUCCAGAACGAGAGAUACUAAUUGCUACCCUAUCGACAGGACCGGUCGGAGUUGGUGAUGGCAUUCGUUACAUCAACGCCGAACGAAUCAUGAAAUGUUGUCGUCAGGAUGGAUUGAUUUUGAAACCUGAUCGACCUUUGACAAUGAUUGAUAUGGUAAUAUCGGAUUGGACUUUUUCUAAUGGUGUUUCUGUUGGCGAACUUUAUUCAACGCAAACAACUAUAAAUAAUCAAACUUUCCAUGCUGUCUUUGCAUCAGCUAUGGAACGAGAUUAUCAGGUUUAUCCUGCGAUGAUAGGUGCUCAAGCUGGAGUUAUUUGGUCUUAUAAUAAUGCAACUGAUGUCAAAAUGUUCUCUGAAACGAAUUCCCUUAACGUUUCAGCGAGUCAAUGUAAUAACUUAACAGUAUGCCUUUGGUACGUAUCACCACUCGUCCAAUUCAGUGAUUCACCCACAACGUCGUAUGCUCUUCUUGGUGAAUGGAACAAAUGGACAGCUGUUAGUCGACAACGAUUUAAUUCCAUAAAAACUGAUAUGAAAAACAGUCAAGCAACAAUCAUUGUUCAAGGUGUAGCCGGUGAAACAAUUCCAGUCGUUAUCUAUCACAGUAUUCUCUUCUCUGUCACCGUCAACUGUCGAAUAUCUGCAGACGACACUCCAGCCACAGUUACCAUUACUAAAUCGGAUAUUAUUUGCUCUUGA